AUGUCCAAGCUCUCGGCGCUUUGGUUGACCGCUUUUCUUGCCGUCACGGUGCAGGCGCAACAGCUGCAAGGUCGCUGCACCUCCAACGCCGACUGCGCCGCGGACGCAGCGUGUGUGACGGUCGACACGGGCCGAUCGGCCUUUGCCAAGUGCACGGCGCAGCAACCGCUCUGCGGAGGCGUCACGUUUGGCCACUGCCCGUCGCAGGACGCGGAGAUCGGGUCGCUCAUGUGUCUUUUCGUCGAAUCCGAUAAAAUUCGCAACAUCAACUGCUGCACGUCGACGUCGGGCCAGGUGCUCGUUCCUGCCCCCGACGGCAGUGUCGUGUUGUCGUCGACAUCGACGUCGACAACGACGACGACCGCAACGACAACGACGACGUCGAACAACGGCAACACGACGACACCGGCGAUCGUCCGGCGGCUGCAGGAAGCGUCCUCCAACUGCCUCAACUGUUACAAGCCCAAAACAAGCAACAAGACCAUUGCGGGCUCGUUCCAGUGUGUCUUGAAAGGGCAGUGCAAGGACCAAAGCGCGUUUCCUGCAGUCUGUGACACGGGCUUGAGCUGCUCGACGGGCCCGACGGGUUCAAACCAACUCUGCAAUAACCACGGCACGUGCACACCCACGGACUCGGACGCACCGGAAGCCAAAUACCGCUGCUUGUGCGAUGUCGGCUUUGGCGGACGCUUCUGCGACAAGGUGCUCUCCAACAAGUGUGUCGCCGACUGCGGCCUUGGCGGCACCUGCGAAGAGGGACAAUGCAAGUGCAACUCGGGGUACUCUGGUAACCAGUGCAUGAGCUGCACGAGCGACCUCGCCUGCAACUCGAUCAACUUGGGCGGCAAGUGCAACCUCGAGACCAAUACGUGCACGUGCAACAAUGGGUUUGGCGGCAACUUUUGCACCGUCACGGGUGACGCGACAACGCCGAAAACCAAUACGUGUCUGGCCACGGACGCCACGCGCCCGAAUUGCGGAACCCUCGGUCUCUGCGUCGACAGCGCAUGCUACUGCAAGGGUCAGUGCGUUGGCGCGAUUUGCACCAAGUGCACAAAGCCUGGUUGCACCGAUUGUGUCAAGAGUGCUGCAGCGACGCAAGGGCCGUCGUUGCUCCUUGGCGCGGCAGCCAUGGCCGCGGCGUGGGCUCGCCUCUAA